AAAGCAUGAUUCGACAUGCCACUACAAAGACACAAUGCUAUGAGAUCACGGAAAAAUCGUUCUGCUGUGGCAUUCUCGGAUACUGAAAAACUAAACAUUAUCAGCAAUGCAGAACAAAUCCAGAAAGAAACAUCUUCAGAUGAAGCUGGCCGUAGAAAAAGGCAAAGACAUGUCUCAGACGAGGUACGUCUACAAGUUCAAGAGGCAAAGACAUCAAUGGAAGAAAAUAUCAAAAAGGCAGAAAAAACUGAGAGAUUAUUAGAUGAAGUAGACAUCUAUGCUACCUCCAAAGUGACAAAGAGUCGAUCAGUAGAAAACAUUACUAAGGAAACGACAACACCAGUGCAAAAGGAAGGUAGACCCUCAUCAGAUGGGAUUGACCCUACAAAGUCAUCAGCAUUACCAGUUACCGAUAAGGCUGAAUUGAAACAGGAACCUGUUGCUGAUUCCAUUCCUGAAAAUAAACGGAAGAAGAAAAAACCUUCAACAACAUCAAUAGAAGAAUCGGAGUCAAAAAUUGCGUUCGUCAAAAAGAAAGCAAAAAGGGCCAAAGUUUUCCUCAAAGAGAGAUUGAUAGAUCACCACAGUAACACAGGAAACUCCAAGGAAUACAGAGCCAAUGAAGGUAACAGUACAACUGUCUUUUACACCAUGGAAUCCAGUGCGCCUUCAAUUACAAGUCAGACUGCUACACCAAGCCCGUCACAACAUCAAGAAGGACAACAAAACCAGCAGCAAAAUCAGACAAAGAAGACAAACAUCGACGAUCUACGUUGUCAGGUGCGAGAAGUUACAAACAUCAUGAAGAAUAACGUAGAGGAGGUAGCAAAACGAGGAGAAAAAUUAGAGGAACUGGAAUCGAGGUCUGGUCAUUUGGAGGAUUUGUCCAGUUCCUUUGCUAAAUGUGCAGCAAAUGUGAAGAAGAAGAUGAAAAGAAGAAAUCGGAAGCUGAUCUGCGCCAUUACUUUGACAAUCACAGGGAUAGCCCUGAUUGUAACUGUGAUACUUCUUGUUUAUUACUUAGGAUGACCGUGUCAUUGGUAGAAUGUUUUAAUUUGUUACUAAUUGUUUCUUUUUUCUGUUAUUCUUCAGAGUACAAGUUGCAAUGUUGGUUAGAUCUAAACGUUGCAAGGUGUCAUUAUAUCUGUGAUUUGAUUAAGCAAAGUAUGAAGUUAAUGGCUUUCUCGUUUGUACUUGUCACUUUAGAGGAUAAUCCGCAAGACCAUAAUCUGUAUUUAACAAUUACAGUCUUUAUUUCUUUAAGAAAUGGAUUUGUUCAAUUGGCUGUUUUUUAUAUAGAAAAAAAAAAGGACAGAGAACCCGAGAUGUCCUGGUCUAAAUUGCAAAGUAAAUCGUAUAUUUUCACCUUGUAAGAAAAUUAUGCACAAAUAUAAAUAUAUAUUUACUUCAAAUUUGCUUAAUCAUUUUUAUAAUUAUACAUAAUUUAACAAGAUCUUCUGUCUCGUGUUUUAUUAUUUAAUUUCAUGCAUUACGUAGCAAAGGUAAACGGAUCCUAUUCAAUGAAUCUACUGUGUAUAAUCAUGUUCAUGCAUGUAUGGAAGGAUAUUUAACAUUUCUUGUCUUAAAUGUUGUGUACAUAUGUGUUUUUGUGAGUAGGUUAAAAUUGCCAUUAUAUGAAUUAUUAAUAAGAUAAAUAUUUUAUGAUAUUACACUUUCAUGUAAAUUAA